AUGUGCGAAAUAUCUACUGGAUCGGUAUCAGAAAUUUGCCAUAUUCGAUCGCUAGCUGACGAUCUGAAAAAUCUUAUGGAUAGUGGUGAAUUUACCGAUAUCACUAUCGUCGUUGAAGAGCACCGAUUUUCGUGUCAUAAAGCCAUCUUAGCAUGUCGGUCCAAUUAUUUUAAAGCCUUAUUCUUUAACGGCAUGAAAGAGUCUCAAUCAAGUAGUGAGAUUAGGUUACAUGGUAUUAAAAGUCAAGCUUUCGAUCGGUUGUUAACCUAUACUUACAGUGGUGGUCUGGAUUUGGUUUUAUUCAGUCAAGAUGAAAUAAUCGAUCUUUUAGCCGUAGCUCAUCAGUACUGCUUCGAAUUGUUGCAAGAAGCCAUUUGUAAAUAUCUAGCUUCGAUAUUAAACGGUAAGAAUGCUUGCGAUAUUUUCGAAAUUGCCGGCUUAUACGAGAUUCCAUCACUACGCCAACAAUGCCUACAAUUUGCUGACGCUAACGCUGAGGAUGUCUUGAAAUCCGAUGGAUUCCUUACCCUUUCCAAGUCAUCGUUAGUAGAUCUGCUAUCCAGAGAUUCUUUUUUUACACAAGAAAUUGUCAUUUUUAAUUCUGUGGCACAAUGGCUAAAUGCAAAUCCUGAAAUAGAUAAAGAGGAUGUAAUACCCUGCAUCAGAUUACAUCUUAUUAAUCGACGCGAUCUUUUGCUUGUCGUUCGUGAGACAAAAUUGAUCUCGCCAGAAAUUAUCCUUGAUACUAUACAGGAUAUUGAUGUUAAUAAUUAUUUGGAAUCAACACCUAGAGGGUAUUCCGUUCAAGAUAAUAAUGUUGCCGCCAAAUCUUUGGGUGCUACUAUUUUAGCUGAAAAUCAGCGUGAUCCAUCAGAAAUUUCAAUAAGUUAUGAUUGGCAAAAUGGUAUAGGUUAUCAUGACAUUGAUUUAAAAGAUGACCACGGUGGCGUAUUAAUUACUCUAGGACGUGAAUAUAUCGUUAAUAUGAUUCGUAUGCUUUUGAUGGAUAAAGAGAGCCCAUCAAAUUCUUAUUACAUUAAAGUUUCAACUGAUAAUAUAAAUUGGAGAGAAAUCAUCGAUUAUCGUGGUUAUUAUUGUCGUUCGUGGCAACACUUGAUGUUUCGUCCUACUGUUGUAAGAUAUAUUCGAGUUAUUGGAAGCAGAAAUAUUAUUAACCGAAGAUUUUGUGUCAUGUCAUUUGAAUGUUAUUUAAAUAAACUAUCAUGGCCAAUACGUGAAUAUAUGAAUGGAUUAAUGGUACCAAACACUAAUAUUGCCGUACACGACAAAGGUGCAGCUCUGAUACAAGGCGUUAAUCGAUCCAAUAACAAAUUUUUAAGUGGCGCUUUCUCUGAAGACUAUGACUGGGACUGCGGUUAUGUAUGUCAUCAGAUAAACGGAUGUCCUUGCGGCAUUGUUAUACAACUUGGGCAACCAUAUUUAAUUAAUUCUCUACGAUUUCUAUUAUGGGACUUAGACGAUCGUUGGUAUAGUUAUUAUGUCGAGAUAUCCGUAAAUCAGGAAGACUGGAUCCGUAUAAAGGAUCAAAAAGGCACUCAAUGCCGCUCGUGGCAGGAGUUACAAUUUGACACUAAACCUGUUUCCUUUAUUAAAAUUGUCGGAACGAAAAACUCUGUUAAUGAUGUUUUUCACUGUACUUACUUUGAAUGUCCAUCUCAGGCCUCUAACAACAAUAUUACAAAUGCAGAUUAG